UGAUUGCAUUACAUAGAGAGCUCGGACAGCUAACUUCUGAAUAUCCUGAUCUUCAUCCACAAUCAUUUAUCCUUGAGACUCUUGUGCGAAAACACAGAUUAAAUACAAUGAUUUUAAAGCUAAAUCCAGGAAAUAAAGGAUAUUGUUUUUUAUUCAAAAUCCUCAAGAAAAAUUUAGAUACUACUGAUAGUUAUAUGGCCAAUGUUAACCAAGAGAGUGAAUUAUUAUUUGAAACCAAGUGCUGGGCUUAUGAGGAUGAUGAUCUAUUACAAUACAUUGAUGAUGGACAUUUGCCAACUUGCAUUAUUGAUGUCAUUGAAACAAACUAUCCAAAUUUAUUUUACUCAAAUUUUAUUAUAACUGAGAUUUGGGAUUAUCGACAGUCUUAUGGAAAUUUAGUAUGUGAUAUUAACUAUACUCUUUUGAGGCCUUCGAUACAGAGCAUUAUAGUGGACGUAGCCUCUCUGACAUCGAAUGGUGAAUGGUCAUCAAAGGAAAAACUUGCAUUAGAAGCUGAAAUAAUUAAAGCUUCAGCCCCACCAUUAUGCCUUGAUCCAGACCCAAUACAUGGAGAAUUAGCUAUCACUGCCCAACACACUAGUCAAAUCUUUAACACAAGAAGUAUUAAGAGGAAGGCUAGAAAAUUUUCACAGGUUGGCAUAAAUCGAAAACGAAAAUUGAUACAAUACACUCAAUACCAUGGGCCAGACUUGUGUGCCUCCAUUGCACGCAAUCAAAAGUCUAGUCCCUCAAAUUGUAAAAAGUAUAAACAAACCAAUGAGAUUUAUAUGCCUGCCCCUUCUUUAGAUCUUCCUGAAUUAUCUGUUCCUAGUAAUAUAGAUGUAUUUCGUUAUGUUAAGGAUGAAAAUGCAUCUUUUAUGCAAAAUGAAGAUUUGUUGAAGCAAAUUAAUCAUGAAGAAAGUCAAUUGAUAGAGGAAUACAUAUUCAAUAUUUAUAAAAAGGAAGGAUUAGUUUGUAUAGAUAACAUAAAACUUUGCAUACUUCAAAGGCUGAUAAAUUUGGAACUGUAUGGAGAGUUAACCGUAGAGUAUUAUCAGAAGGAUGGAAUUAAAAACUAUAGAAGUUGUGAAUUUGUUCUAGGUACAAGAGCACAAGCCAAUAGGUUUAUGAUGAAUUUAAAGAAAUAG